GAGAGAGAGAGCAGUAACCUCGGCUGCAGCACCAGUUCCGCUGGCGAAAGGCAUUCGCGAGCAUACGAGAGUCCGGCACUGCCGCGCCGUGCCGAUACAUUUGCCGGUUUUGAUGGCAACAAGCCUCGGGGGGUAUCGCUUCGAAUGUCAACAGACACACCAGGGGAGGGCGAGCCAGAAGGGCCGGACAGUGGCUCGCCGCGCCUGUUGGAACAAGUGGGGGGAGACGCGGCCCUCAAGCUACAGCAUGCCAUAUACACGCUCACCUGUAUCGUGUGGCAGCAGCUCACCACUAUACACAGCCUAGAAGCACAAGUCUGCGCGUGGCGUUCAAGCGGCGGCAACGCAGCGCGCUCGCACGACGCGCAACUAGAAGAGCUGAGGCACGCGCAAGCCAAGCUGACAGCCGACCGCGCCUCGUGGGAGGCCUCACGGGCAGCCGACACCAGGGCCAUCGCCGCCGAGAAACGUCAACUCCAAGAGGCGAGGGAGGAAUUGGCCGAGCAACAGAAAGAUGUGGAGCAGCAGAGAGAAAGACUGUACAGGCGGCUGGAGCGGUUACAACAGCACGGCGGUUCGCAAGAGGAAAUAGCUAGUGUUGGCACGUUAUCGCCAGACUCCAGUGUCAGUGACACCACGCGGCGGAAAGAGCCGAAAUGGCGAAACAACCGCGGCUCCACCGGCUCCGAAUGUUCGGCGAGCGCGUGCUCGGUGCGCGCCUCGUUACCACCGCCGCAGUUGCUUUCCGCGCACAACGAGACGCGCGCCACUGUGCGUGCGCCCGCCAUUCAAAUGGUAAAACAACAACUGCCGCUGAAACUAGCAAGUGGGAAGAGUCAACAGCAACCACCACCGGGUUACCACCGCUUACACGAGUCGCCUAGCGAGGCUACGAACCAAGGCUUAGUGAUCCACCACACACGGACGGGCAGCUCGCCCGCGCCGCUGCCCUCGCACCAACAGCUCAACAACAGGGCCACCAGAACAAACACCUACCCAAAACUGCCGGACAAGUUUCGCGUGCGGUCACCAGAAGCCUGCGCGCCGCCCGCGCCCGCUGCCGAAGAAGAAGUCAUCUACUUCUGACGCGCGCCUCCGCCGGCACGCGUCCAGCGCUCCUGAGACUGCCGCCUGUCCUAACUCCGUGAGUGGACUUGGACAGUGAACUUUGUUGAUGUUAGGAUAAAGUCGCGAUUCGGAUAACAGUGGCAGUCUUAACUGUUUAUCAUUUUAGUCAUCUACUUCUAACUCCUGAGACUGCUUCCUGUCCUAACUCCGUGAGUGGACGCUUAGACAGUGAACUUUGUCAUUUUAAACUCCUAGCAGCUUAUGGACUCCUGGUACUUGUGAAAGACUAUCUAAACAGUGCGUUAA